CGUCAGCAGCAGCGCCACACACCGGGGCUGUGAGAGAGAGGAGAGUGGGUGACGAGGAGCGGAUCACCACAAGGAAAAAUUACCAGCGAUAAAAUGCACGGAUGAAAAAGAACGAUUCGUUGGACUCCCAGGAAGGUGUUUUCGUUUCUUAAGUGCUUUGCGUGGAUGAGGUUCUCAUCGGAGCGUUAACUUGAUGCAAUGAAGGUUCCUCUGUCAGUCCGCUCCCUCUGUGUGUGUUUUUUUAGGGAUGGUUAUCGGAGCUAGCCUAACAGGCUAACCAUUAGCCCGCUCACUGGGUGUCAGUGUGAAGGAGGGAGCCGCUCCGAGCGACUGCUGUCAUUCUGAUUAUUCUCAGGGUUGUUGCUCGUCGAGGACCGAACGCGGGUGAGACGGCUUACCUGGACGGUCAGUUUGACCGGAGCUCGUUGCCACAGUGCGGGCGGAGCUCUCGGUGUGGGCUUCGGGGCGGCGAGGCUUCAGCUCGGCCGGGAGAACGAUCAUCAGCGGAGGGAUCGAACAAAAUGUGGCCGUGGCAGCUUGUAGUGUCCCGCUGUUUCUCAGGUUCAGCUCUCUAGUUCUUUAGACCUUUUUCAUAAAGGAUAAGUGAACGAAAACAUUUUAAAAAUUGUUGUCACUCGGAGGAUUAAUCAACUUAGCUCUGUGUGAUUCCAGUAGGAUUUAGCUCUCAUGCUAACCUCUGUAUUCAAACUAAAACCAACUCAUGCGUGGAAUAAAACAGUUAUUUACACACUUGGACGUCCUCUAAGGUGUUUUGGGGCCGUUUUUGUUUUUUGUUAAUCAAUUCACUUUAUUGCAGCCUUUUUUUUGGGGGGGGRCCAACUGUCAAAUAAACAUUUGGCAGCCUCAGCAGGAGGAGGACAGGGACUCUUUAACUAGUCUGRAUUAAAGACGCAAAAACCGGACUCAUCCAUUCAGAAGGAUAUUAAUCAGACCUCCUCUGUAAGGUGCAGCCCAGUCAAACGAGCUUUACAGCUCAUGCGGUGAUGACUUUAGACUCCAUGAUGGCUUGUUGCCUGAGUGAGGAGGCGAAGGAGUCCAAACGAAUCAACGCCGAGAUCGAGAAGCAGCUCAAACGAGAUAAGAGAGACGCACGGAGGGAGCUGAAGCUGCUGCUGUUGGGUACUGGAGAAAGCGGCAAAAGCACUUUUAUUAAGCAGAUGAGAAUAAUUCACGGGACUGGCUAUACGGAUGAAGAUAAAAAGGGCUUCACCAAACUGGUUUAUCAGAACAUCUUCACCUCCAUGCAGUCCAUGAUCCGUGCAACUGAGACGCUCGUGAUCCCCUUUAGGUAUACACAGAAUGAGAAAAAUGCUAGCUUGGUGCGGGAAGUAGAUGUGGAAAAGGUGAUGACAUUUGAGGAGAAGUAUGUCGGUGCGAUAAAGAUGCUUUGGGCCGACCCUGGCAUCCAGGAGGCGUACGAUCGGAGGAGAGAGUACCAGCUCUCCGACUCAACCAAAUAUUAUCUUAACAGUUUAGAACGAAUAGGAACACCAGGGUACAUGCCCACUCAGCAGGAUGUCCUGCGUGUUCGAGUGCCUACCACCGGCAUCAUAGAGUACCCGUUUGACCUGGAGACUGUUCUCUUCAGGAUGGUGGAUGUUGGGGGUCAGAGGUCUGAGAGGAGGAAGUGGAUCCACUGCUUUGAGAACGUCACUUCCAUCAUGUUCCUGGUGGCGCUCAGCGAGUACGACCAGGUUCUGGUGGAGUCGGACAACGAGAAUCGUAUGGAGGAGAGUAAAGCUCUGUUCAAAACCAUCAUCACAUAUCCCUGGUUCCAAAACUCCUCUGUCAUCCUGUUCCUCAACAAGAAGGACCUGCUGGAGGAGAAGAUCAUGUACUCUCACCUGGUAGACUACUUUCCAGAGUUUGAUGGUCCCCAGCGAGACGCUCAGGCAGGACGAGAGUUCAUCCUGAAGAUGUUUGUGGACUUGAACCCGGACAGCGAGAAGAUCAUCUACUCGCACUUCACGUGCGCCACGGACACGGAGAACAUCCGCUUCGUCUUCGCUGCCGUCAAAGACACGAUCCUUCAGCUCAACCUCAAAGAGUAUAACCUGGUUUAGAAGGAACGCCAGAUCAAGACGCCACCAUCCUCCCCAACCCCCCACCCCACUACCACCACACACACACACACACACAGCGUUAACUUCCAGAGACGCACAGCUGCGUUGCUACAGUCUUUGCCACACCACCACUACCCUCCUGCUCCCCACAACGCUCCAACCAUACUCAGAUCUUUGGUUUGCUGAAGUUUAGAGUCUGUUUUGUGGUUUCACUAACUGCUGCUCUUGCACAGUAACACAUUGACAUCAAACACUCAUUUGUCCUCUUUUUGGAGCRUUCGUUUGGCUCCUUUUGCCCCACCUUUUUUUUUUCUUGUACACUACAUUAACAUUAUUGAGUGUUGGAGGUGGGUGGAGGGCCUUCUCUGGAUAGAACAAGCUUUUAUGGACAAAGGGCUCUCUACUGCACUGAAAACAACCCAUGCAUGCUCUACACUSCAGCGUGAGGCGUGUUUGAGGCCAGGCAGCAGACUCCAGGACUCUGCUCAUCUGCAAAGGAUCACUCGUUUUGAAUCGACGCACCCGGGCCAACGCGAAGUGAAGUGAGGCACCCGGUUCCCCUCGCUCAGAGCACAAGGAGCUCUGUUGAAUGUAAAUAAGGUUUUCCCGCUGCUCACACAAAGUGAGGGCUUCGCAGAGACGGCGAAAUCUUCUUUGUUCACUUUAGAUAUUCUCGGUUAAACUGUUUCUGCUAUUGUUUGUCUGUCGAAGCUGAAUCGAAGAUGACUACUCGUGAAAGUGCAAAGAGAAGCUCGCUCGUUUUCUUCUUUGAUUGCCUCGUUUUUUGUUUUUUUUUGAAGCGUUGACACACGUUAUUAAAAGGAAUCGUACCCCUAGUAUUUGUACUCUCGACCAUUGCCAAAACUGAAACGAGCUGGGUUUCAGACCGCGUGUUUCCGUUGUCGGUUCAGAUAUUAUGAAAGCUGAUUUAAGAACUGGUCUCAUGAAAUCUUUGAACCAUUUUGAUGUUUGCAUAACGAGCCACUCUGUGUGGCUUUUUUUAUAUGUUGACAGUUGUCUGAGUUGAGCUUGUAAUAGUACUGUAUUUUUGUUUCUUUUGUUUUUUAUUUUCUUAAUUUUUUUUAUAAUUUUCCGUGCACAUGUGAUGGAAUAUUUCCAAUUGGUCAGAUGUAGAUGAUAUUUUUUAUCAUUAUUCUUGCGCAGCCAGUUAAAGCUUAAAGUCUCAAGUUGGUGAUCAUCUUGCAGGGCUUCUUAUUGUUUUAUUUUUUUUUUGCCAUCAACUAAUAUCUGAUAAACACACAGUGAGCAAAUAGGUCUUUAUUUUGCUGCUUUGUUUGACUGAUGAGUCAAAACUGCGUGGUGUUUCAGUAAAAUGGGAAUUCCUUUUUUUUCAGCUCGCAGUUUUUUUUCCAGCUUUGGCGAUGGAGGAACUUUUCUACUGCUGUAAAAUAUCAAAUUAUUUUAUGGACACUUCUAUCUUUCUAACGAUACUUCAUAUAUUUAGUUCUUGCCGUUCAGUUUUGAUGUGCGUGACGAUGGAAAACCGGUUUCCACGUCAGGUUUGUGCUUUAUGCAAAUGGAAACAAACAAGUGGGUGGGGAGUGGGGUGGUUGAAUAUUUACUCUUCAGUGAUGUUUUGGAGAAGUUUGAAAGGAUCGCGCGUUGGCUCUUGGUACUAAUCUCAUAUCAUGCGUCUUGCCUGAUAGAUAAAAUAUUACGUAAAAUGAGCUGUUUGCUUGUUUUUUGGUCUUCAAAAUGUAAUUCAGGUCAGUUUUCAUAACUUUUUCAUCACAAGGGCUACUCCUAGCAGCUUCGGUAGAAAAUGAGUGAACUCUGGAUCGCUUUUAGCAAACGGUGCAAUUAAAAACCUGGGCAGCUGAAUCUGACGUUGUGUUUAAGGUGAUCUGAGGGAGGGGGGCAGCAGUGUUCCUGUGAGGGGAGAAUCUGGUCCCAGUCCAUUUCUUUAACUUUCGUUUUGCCUUUUUUAAAAAGAGACUAGCUAAUGUCAGAAAUCAAAUGGUUUUGCCCCCCUUGCUUAUCCGGUGCCGCAGCUGCUUCACCGUUUUUUAUCCUGUAGUUCUGGUGAACCCUUACCAGUAUUUUCAUCUCUAGUGUUUCCACACUAAACAUUCGAACCCAUUUCCAAUCAUCCCUGUGGUACUUUCCUAAUCUGUAUUUGAACUUUUGUUGAAUACUUUACAUUUCAAGUUUUCUACAGAAACGUGUGACCAAAUUCAUUUUAAGGGGUUGUAUAUUAUUUGUGUAUUCUGUGCACUUGUUGACAAAGCCAUGAUGUUUGUAUGCUGUCCAUAUUCUGAAGCGUUUAAUGAAGGAGGACAGAUAUCGUUUGCUAAGUGCCACUGUUUUUUUUUUUAAUGAAUAAAACACUGAACAUGUUUUAGAGCUCCAACUUGAUUAUGUGGCUAUAAAAUUGCAUUCCCAGCAUGUUUUAUUUAAAUUAAAAAACAACAAAAACAUUAUUUUAUUUGGUGCUUUAGCCAAUAUUUAACCGCCUGUUUGGUUCAUUCCUCAUGAUGCUUUUCAUUCACAUUUUGUGGAUGCUGACAGUUGUUUUUUUUUUAUAAGUAUGAUGAUAAACUGACAGACUUGAGCUAUGUUUAAAAAAAAAAGGAAAUUGUUAAACUGCACUACAGACGUUUUUUUUUUAUAUUUUUGAUUGUUUUUGGCUUUCAGGAAACAUUCUGUUCUCCCAAAUUGUGGCUUAUCUUAUCACCUUAAGGACUGGUGUGUGACCUGUUGUGUUUCAUUCUGCUUCAAAUGAAUUACUGUCCUGUAAACUUGAGUUGGCUUCUGUUGGGAUGGCAAACAAACCGUCACGAGUGCUGUCUUUAAACAGCUAAAAGCUGUUUGGUUCUCAC